CGGCUUCCGGCUUCCGGCCGAGAGGGUGGUGGGCCCGCCGCCGUCAUGGCAGCCGAGGAGAAGGACCCGCUGAGCUACUUCGCGGCUUACGGGAGCAGCAGCUCCGACUCGUCGGGCGAGGAGGACAGCGAGCCGGAAGACGGGGUCCGCAAGGAGGCGGCCCCGGCGACGGGCGUCCGCGGGAAGCCGGCGGAGAAGCGGCUGCCGGGCCCCGACGAGCUGUUCCGCAGCGUGAGCCGGCCGGCCUUCCUCUACAACCCGCUCAACAAGCAGAUCGACUGGGAGCGGCACGUGGUGAAGGCGCCCGAGGAGCCUCCGAAGGAAUUCAAGGUCUGGAAGUCCAGCUACGUGCCACCCCCGGAGACCUACACCCCCGAGAAGAAGCCGCCGCCGCCGCCCGAGCUGGACAUGGCCAUAAAGUGGUCGAACAUCUAUGAGGACAAUGGCGAUGACGCCCCACAGAACGCUAAGAAAGCCCGGCUCCUGCCGGAGGGGGAGGAGACGGUGGAGUCGGACGAUGACAAAGAUGAGCGUGCAUCUAAAACUCGGAGAGUAGAGCCAGGAGAAGCAGCCAGAAAGAAGAAGUAGAGAGGCGUUGUCGAGAACCCAUGGCCACCGAGCUCUUGACAUGUGGUGUUGGGUGGAGUGUUUGCUAUUGUUGGCUAUUAUGACAGACAUCUCCAGGAAAGUAUUUAUGUCCAUGAACUAAUGUACCGCCUCAAGACUGUCCACUAGAAUUCAUUUUUAUUUAAACCUGUAUGUAUUUACAACUCCAAUGGUGACCUGUGAUUGGGAACUGACAGUACUUAAGAAGCAUUCUGGCUAUCACAGAAUUGGUGACAGACUUUGAGAGUUUUGUCACAUGGACAUGCAGUGGUUUGAACCUUUCAUAAAGGAAUAUAUUUUUAAAGUAAGUAUAUUGUAAUGUACUGUGAACUUGUGGGUGCUUUUCAUAGUGUCUGUACAGUGUAAAUAAAUGAUCAUGGAAAUAAAAUUACUUACUUCAA